UGGUUGCCCAUUAUUGUUGGGCCCUUGGCCAUGAGGAAGUACAGACUGACCCCUGGCUUCAGCUUCAGGUACAACAUCACCCAAAACCCCACCAUCUACAACGUCUUUGCCACCGCCGCCUUCAGAUACGGCCACUCCACCAUUCCACGUUUCCUUACCCUCGGAGAUCGACAUGUACCAAUAGAACAGCUCUUCAACAGACCUUCUGAAGUCAUCAAAGAUUUGGACACCGUGCUGAAGGCUAUCCUCAAGGACAGACAUCAGGAGGUUAACCGCUUCAUCAACAGUGGGAUGACUGAGCAUUUGUUUGAGACGUCGGGCAAUAACGGCUUUGACAUCGUGUCCUUAAACAUUCAGAGAGGUCGUGACCAUGGCCUGCCAUCAUACAACAACUUCCGCAAGGCAUGCCAGCUAUCGGAAGUGACUUCAUUUGAUGACAGUGUAUUUGGUAAAGCAGGACCUGCUUUGAAAAGUGUAUACAGUUCCCCUGAUGACAUCGACAUAUUUACCGGUGCAGUAGCUGAACAACACUUGCAUGGCGGUGCAGUGGGCCCACUCCUCGCUUGUCUGAUUGGUCAACAGUUUCAUGAUCUGAAAUAUGGCGACUCAUUCUGGUUCGAAACAUCUCAUCCAAGAAAGGGCUUUACAUCAGGACAACUGUCUGAGAUCCGACGAAUGCGCUUUGCCAAAAUUCUUUGUAGGAAUUCAGGAGUGAAGUCCAUCCAAAGAGAUCCUUUUACAGUGUACUCAAAAGAAAGCAAUCCCAUGAUACCCUGCAACGAUCUUCCAACAAUCGAUUUAACCAAAUGGCGGAGAUGAGAAGUUGCUUGGCCUGCCCUUAGGUUCAACAAUGAACCCGAUUACUUGAAACAUAAGAUUUUUUGCAUGUGAGGUGUUCCAACACGUAUAUCCCACACUACUGGUCGUGGUUUGUAAGAUGCAUAAAUCACAGAGUACAUUA